CCAGACUCUGCUGGACCUGGACCUGAUUCUGGACCUGAAUCCAGCUGUGUGUCCUUCAAGAGUGACAAGUCAAAUGAACGCUACAUUGAUUUUAAAGGAGGACAACCCUCUGCUGCAAAGAAGAGGAAACUGGAAAAACCUGAACCCACCUCUGUGUCUGUGAAGAGUGACUGGUCCAAUGAUUGCCUCAUUAAUUUCAAAGGACGACAUUCCUUUGCUGCAGAGAGAGUGGACCAGGAGAGCUCAGAGGUUCGCAGUGGUCAGUCUGCCCAGCAGCAUCAAAGACACCUAGACUCCAUAUUUAUGCUGCUGGAGGAGAACAUGGUCACUUUUGUGAAGAACGAGCUGAAGAAGAUCCAGAAGCUUCUGAGUCCAGAUUUCCCAGAUUGCUUAGAGAGUGAGAGGGAGGAUGAGGAGGUGAUGGGUGGUGAGGAUGAGGAGCAGAGGAGGAGCAGCACAGAGGCAUUUCUGAAGAUCACAGUGAACUUUCUGAGGAGAAUGAAGCAGUGGGAGCUGGCUGACUGUCUGCAGAACAGAACUCCUGCUCCAGCGUGUCAACACAAACUCAAAUCUACUCUGAAGAAGAAGUUCCAGUGUGUGUUUGAGGGGAUCGCUAAAGCAGGAAACCCAACCCUUCUGAAUCAGAUCUACACAGAGCUCUACAUCACAGAGGGAGGGAAUGGAGAGGUCAAUAAUGAACAUGAGGUCAGAGAGAUUGAAACAGCAUCCAGGAAACCAGUCAGACCAGAAACAACCAUUAGAUGUCAAGACAUCUUUAAAACAUCACUUGGAAGAGAUGAACCAAUCAGAACAGUGAUGACAAAGGGAGUGGCUGGCAUUGGGAAAACAGUCUUAACACAGAAGUUCACUCUGGACUGGGCUGAAGACAAAGCCAACCAGGACAUACAGUUCACAUUUCCAUUCACCUUCAGAGAGCUGAAUGUGCUGAAAGAGAAAAAGUUCAGCUUGGUGGAACUUGUUCAUCACUUCUUUACUGAAACCAAAGAAGCAGGAAUCUGCAGGUUUGAUCAGUUCCAGGUUGUGUUCAUCUUUGACGGUCUGGAUGAGUGUAGACCUCCUCUGGACUUCCACAACACUGAGAUCCUGACUGAUGUUACAGAGUCCACCUCAGUGGACGUACUGCUGACAAACCUCAUCAGGGGGAACCUGCUUCCCUCUGCUCGCCUCUGGAUAACCACACGACCUGCGGCAGCCAAUCAGAUCCCUCCUGAGUGUGUUGACAUGGUGACAGAGGUCAGAGGGUUCACUGACCCACAGAAGGAGGAGUACUUCAGGAAGAGGUUCAGAGAUGAGGAGCAGGCCAGCAGGAUCAUCUCCCACAUCAAGACAUCACGAAGCCUCCACAUCAUGUGCCACAUCCCAGUCUUCUGCUGGAUCACUGCUACAGUUCUGAAGGAGGUGUUGAAAACCAGAGAGGGAGGAGAGCUGCCCAAGACCCUGACUGAGCUGUACAUCCACUUCCUGGUGGUUCAGACCAAACUGAAGAACAUUAAGUAUGAUGGAGGAGCUGAGACAGAUGCACACUGGAGUCCAGAGACCAGGAACAUGACUGAGUCUCUUGGAAAACUGGCUUUUGAGCAGCUGCAGAAAGGAAACCUGAUCUUCUAUGAAUCAGACCUGACAGAGUGUGGCAUCGAUAUCAGAGCAGCCUCAGUGUACUCAGGAGUGUUCACACAGAUCUUUAAAGAGGAGAGAGGCCUGUACGAGGACAAGGUGUUCUGCUUCAUCCAUCUGAGUGUUCAGGAGUUUUUGGCUGCUCUUCAUGUUCAUCUGACCUUCAUCAACUCUGGAGUCAAUCUGCUGUCAGAAAAUAAAUCAACCUCCCAGAAUUCUGAAAGAAGAAAAGUUGAAUCUACAGAGAUACUCUUCUACCAGAGAGCUGUGGACGAGGCAUUUCAGAGUCCAAAUGGACACCUGGACUUGUUCCUCCGUUUUCUCCUGGGUCUUUCACUGCAGACCAAUCAGACUCUCCUACUAGGCCUGCUGAUGGAGAGGGGAAGUGACUCAGAGACCAAUCAGGAAACAGUCCAGUGCAUCAAGAAGAAGAUCAAAGAGACUCCCUCUGUAGAGAAAAGCAUCAACCUGUUCCAUUGUCUCAAUGAACUGAAUGAUCGUUCUCUAGUGGAGCAGAUCCAACAGUACCUGGGAGCAGGUAGCCUCUCCACAGAUAAACUCUCUCCUGCUCAAUGGUCAGCUCUGGUCUUCAUCUUACUGUCAUCAGAAAAAGAUCUGGACGUGUUUGACCUCAAGAAAUACUCUGCUUCAGAGGAGGCUCUUCUGAGGCUGCUGCCAGUGGUCAAAGCCUCCAAGAAAGCUCUACUGAGUGGCUGUAACCUCUCAGAGAGAAGCUGUGAAGCUCUGUCAUCAGUUCUCAGCUCCCAGUCCUCUAGUCUAAGAGUCCUGGACCUGAGUAACAACAACUUGCAGGAUCCAGGAGUGGAGCUGCUGUCUGGUGGACUGAAGAAUCCAGUCUGUAAACUGGAAACUCUCAGACUGAGUGGCUGUAACCUCUCAGAGAGAAGCUGUGAAGCUCUUUCCUCAGUUCUUAACUCCCAGUCCUCUAGUCUGAGAGAUGUGGACCUGAGUAACAAUGACCUGCGGGAUUCAGGGGUGAAGCUCCUGUCUGGUGGACUGGAGAGUCCACUCUGUACACUGGAAACUCUCAGUCUGUCAGGCUGUCUGAUCACAGAGGAAGGCUGUGCUUCUCUGGCCUCAGCUCUGAGAUCCAACCCCUCCCAUCUGAGAGAGCUGGACCUGAGCUAUAAUCAUCCAGGACACUCAGGAUUGAAGUUGUUGUCGGCUGGACAGGAGGAUCCACGCUGGAGACUGGAGACUCUCAGGGUGGAGCCUAGUGGAGUCCGAUGGUUGAGACCAGGUCUGAGGAAGUAUUCCUGUGAACUCACGCUUGACACAAACACAGUGAACAGAAGGAUAAAAUUGUCUGACAACAACAGGAAGGCAACACGUGUGGAGGAGGAUCAGUCAUAUCCUGAUCAUCUGGACAGAUUUGACUGGCCUCAGCUGCUGUGUAGAGAUGGUCUGACUGGUCGCUGUUACUGGGAGGUUGAAUGGAGCGAAGACGUUUAUAUAUCAGUGAGUUACAGAAGAAUCAAAAGGAGAGGAGACAGUAAAGAAUGUGUGUCUGGAAAAAACAAUCAGUCCUGGAGCCUGAGCUGCUCUGAUGUUCAUGGUUACUCUGUCUGGCACAAUAACAGAGAAACAUCUAUCCCCUCCUUUUCCUCUUCCUCCUCUUACUCCAACUCCUCUUCUGUCUCUAAGAGAGUAGCAGUGUAUGUGGACUGUCCUGCUGGCACUCUGUCUUUCUACAGAGUCUCCUCUGACUCACUGAUCCACCUCCACACCUUCAACACCACAUUCACUGAACCUCUGUAUCCUGGGUUUGCAGUCUUGUGGCCUGGUGCCUCAGUGUCUCUGUGUUCAGUGUAGCAGAGAGAAUCUCGUCCUAUUAGAGAAACUUUCUCACUGUUGAACACUGUCUGUAUCAAUGAAAACGGACCUGAUGUUCUCAGUGUUGAAGGUUUCUGUCCAGAGGAAAGACUGAAAAGUUGAAAAAGUUGAAAAUGAGGUCAACAUUGACUUUGUCCAACAGGCUUGAGGUGAUUGAUGACUCUAGAAGUCUCUCACACCCUCAAAGUCAUGAGAUAUUUAAAGGUUGUGUGUUUGAUCACCAACCCAAAGAAAAGACUCAAAAGACUUUAGAAAUGAUGGAAAGAUCCUGACUACCCUGAAGAGUUUGAGGCUCAAUUCUACCAGUUUUAAAAGUCAACACCAAGAAAAAGACUUAGAAAAGAUGGGUUAUGGGAUUGAACCACAAGCAGCUGAAAUUUUACUAAAAGAAGAAGUUGCAAUGAAGAUUUAAAAAAAUUGUUUGAAGUUUUGAAACUACAUUGUUUUCAUUUUUACAGUGUAUACCUGUUUUUCACCCUGUUUUUGAAGUUUUGCAGAGAACUCACUGGCUGCAAUAAUACUUGACUGUAUACUUUGCUGGUUACUGUAUAACCAGGUUGUCAUGUUGUUUAUGUUUUCAUCUGUUUUAACAUUCUAUCCUUUGGUGUCAUUUUUACAGUGAAUCAGUCAUCUGUUUUAACAGCCCUAUUGUUAUUAUACAUUGUCCCUCAUAGACUUUUAUGUCAACUGGCUAUUCAACGCUGUCUAUGGUCUUCUAGUAUGUGUUCUGGUCUUUUAUUAUGAAAGUACAUGUCCAUGCUGUAUCUCAUGGUCUUUUAUUUUAACAGUCCAUUCUUCGUUCUCUUGUUUUCAUUUUCUGUUCUUACAGUGUAUG